AUGACUACAAGUGGAGGAGACAGUGCGCGAUCCAAGGAUUGGAUCCCCCAGUGGGAUGGAAGUGCAGCAACCUUCCAACAGUAUGAGGAGGAAGCCCUUCUCUGGCAAGAGGGGAUCGACUACUACAAGCGCUACACCGCCGGACCGCGACUCGUAGCAGCCCUUCAAGGAGCAGCUCGCCGGAUGGUGGUAGGACGGCCAGUCGGAUGGGUGUCUUUUCCGGGUGGUGUGGAAGUGCUACUUCAAUACCUUCGAGGUUGCCUGGGCCGACCCCAGGUGUCGGAGAUGACUGACUAUUUGAGUCAGUACUUCCGACAUUCCCGAAGGAAGCACGGAGAAUCCAUCAACGACUACAUCACAAGGAAAAGUGAGAUUUACACCCGAGCUCAGCAAGCUCUUAGCCGUGUCCGCCCUCAUCACGAACCUCGAACGGUUCCAACCAAUGAAGGGCGCGGCAAUCCUUACUACGCAAGGAGGAGCAGCUGGUCGUCAGAAGCGACCACCACAGUGGGCGAGGCGGCCGAGGAUGAUGAUCAGGAGACUACAGAUGGGGCUGCGACCAGUGAGCCGCAGUGGAGCUACCACGAGCCGAGGUCAUGGCACCAGAACAACUGGACCUGGAACGGGAGCAGUUCUUGGGGCCAAUCAUGGUGGCCAGCUUCUCAGUGGAAUGAGGGACGUUGGUCGGGAAACCAACACCAGUGGCGACCUGAGCCAGGGGUGGCUCAUGUCGAGCUCCUGCCUGAUUGGGUCCAGGGCUGGUACCUGUUACAGGACGCGAAUCUGACCACUUCCGAGAGGAACAUGGUGCACACGGCGCUCAAAGGCAACUUUGGGCUCCAGCGAGUAGCCCAGGAGCUACGCAACCAGUGGGCAGAUGCCGACCUGAAGCGUCGGGACCAGCAGCACAGGUCUUCAGGCUUCCUCGGCGAGGCCGAGCUUGAUGAGGAUGAGAACGAGGCCUGGGCAGUGGAGGAUCAGGACGAUGACGGUGACUUGAAUGAAGAGGGCCAGGCACUUGUGGCAGAGGCCACCGCCGAGGCCCGUCAAGCACUGGCGGCGAUUCAAGGAAAUAUUACCAGAGUGGCCCUCGACCUCAAGGCUGCACCCUUCGUCUGUUAUGCGGAGCAAGCCCUGGCGGGUGGCUUCGAAGCGGAGAGGACCGGGAAGGUGCUCACCACCGCAGAGGCGGUGGCCGAAGGCUUCGGCGUGAUUGAUGGAGGAGCCACCAAGACACUAGGCUCCGUGAGGGCCUUGGAGUCAAUCAUGAAGAAGAACUUGGAGAAGCGAGGGGACAGCGGCCUACGUGAAGUGGACCCAAGCAAUCGACCUACUUUUGGCUUUGCGGAUAGUGGGGAAGCCCAGUGUGUGUCAACAGUGGCGUUGGGUCUUCAGGCUUCUGGACAGGAUGGCAAGCUCCAGGUGCACGCCUUGAACAAAGGCACCGGACCAGUUUUGGUCUCAGUGGCAACCUUGCGGAAGCUUGAAGCGAUCAUCGACUUCCGCAGCGAUUUGAUGGUACUACGAGCCUUGGAUCCGACCAAGGUGAUCAAACUGGAGAGGUCAGCCACGGGGCAUCAGUUAGUGAACCUGACUGAGGAUUUGUUUAAAGGCGCAACGGCGGCUAAGACCGCAGUUCCGUCGCUGAUGCGCAGCAUGAGUGCGAGUCACAAGCUUGGUCGACUCAGCCACCUCCUCAGUCGAGUCCUUCAUCCCAGCAGCUUCCAUUGCCCCCCGAACACCAUGGGCAAGAUCGACCGCAUGACCAAACCCCAGCUGCGCGAGGCCAUCGAGACCUUCGGGGAGUAUCCAGCAGAAGCCUGGACUGUGGCCGAACUACGCCAUCGUCUCCUAGAGCUUGUGGAGGAGGACGAAGAAACAUGGGCCAAGACGGCAGUGGACGACAAGACACCACUGCAACAGGCGAUCCAGAAGCUCAACAAGUACAAGCAGCGCAAGGCCACGUUGCAGGAUUACACCGAGAAUGUGUUGGGUGUGGAAGUGGGACCCAACGAGACGAUGAGCCAGAUCGAGCAGAAGACCAUGAACCACCUCUACCUCACCACGGAGAGCAGCGGCCGCGACAUCGUCGGUUUCGGCCGGCAUGCUGCCCUCACGUACGCGGAGGUGCUUCAGACCUAUCCCCAGUAUGCCGAAUGGGUGCGCCAGACGCACAUGGAGACCGACGAGACGAACCCUCGCUUGAAGAGGUUUGCCACAUGGUUGCUCAAGGUGCUCGAUGUGAUGAAGCCUGUGGAGUCGCCACAGAAAGGAGGAGUGGCCCAGCGACCGGUCCUCAAGGUCAAGGGCGGCUACCUCUACGAACCGGAGCCGGAGGCCGCACGAGCAGCCCCCAAGGCUAUGAACCGAGCGGCAUCAUCGACGGAUACCCCCAUCCCGACACAGCAGAUGGAGGUGAUGCAAACCAUGAUGGAAGCCCUGCAGCAAAUGCAGAGCGAGAUGCGAGAACUACGCGAACUGCAGACGCCGAGCGAGGAGCGGCCACGCAAGAAGGAGAAGUAG